CUUCUUCUUCUUCCAUAGACUCUUCAAAAUGGGUAGCUCUGCAACUCUCUGUAUGGCUCUGUUUCUCCUACUGCCUCCUCUUCUUCUUCAACAGGCUCGGGGUAAGCCGCCGCUUGGUGGGUGCGACUUUUUCCAAGGGAAAUGGGUGGCCGAUCCGUCGUACCCACUUUACGACGCGUCGACUUGUCCUUUCGUUCAGAAGGAAUUUGAUUGCCUUGGAAACGGCCGCUCCGACAAGCUCUAUCUCAGUUACCGUUGGCAGCCCUCCGGCUGCCCCUUGCCCAGAUUUAAUGGUGAAGAGUUCUUGAGGCAAUGGAGAGGAAAAAGCAUAAUGUUUGUGGGAGACUCGUUGAGUUUGAAUCAGUGGCAAUCGCUUACUUGUAUGCUUCAUAAGUUCGCUCCAUCAAUUAAUUAUACCCUUACAACAAUCGGAGGAUUGUCCAAUUUUACAUUUACGGAAUACGGCUUGAAAAUUAUGUUUUUAAGAAAAGCAUUUAUCGUCGAUAUUAUUGACACGAAAAUGGGUCGAGUCCUCAUGCUGAACUCAAUAGAUAGCCAAAAAAUGUGGGAAGGAAUCGACGUCUUGAUAUUCAAUUCAUGGCAUUGGUGGCUGCAUGCAGGAAGAAAACAACCAUGGGAUUUGAUUGAAGAUGGGAAAAGCACGUACAAGGAUAUGAACCGAUUGGUGGCAUUUGAGAAAGGGCUAAGAACUUGGGCUAAAUGGGUCGACAAAACUGUGGAUCCUUCCCGGACUAAGGUCUUCUUCCAAGGCGUCUCCCCGGACCAUUCUGAUGGGAAAUUAUGGGGGGAGGCCGGAGGGACGUGCGGCGGAAAAACGAGGAUGUUGGAGGGGCUGAAGUAUUCAGGGGGCCCACAUCCGGCGGAGCAGGCGGUGGAGAGAGUGCUGCAAGGGAUGUCGAAGCCAGUUUAUUUGCUGAAUAUCACCACACUGUCGCAGUUGAGAGUAGACGGGCAUCCCUCCGUGUACGGCAGCGGCGGCCACAGAGGCAUGGACUGUAGCCACUGGUGUCUCGCCGGAGUUCCUGAUACUUGGAACGAAUUCUUAUACGCAGCUCUCCUUCCAAAUAACAAGCACCAUUUUUAAUAUCAUUUUCUUCUUCAAAA